AUGGCAGGUGCCAGGCCCCAGGAGCCCCUGACGCCAGCGGCAUACGAGGCGGUCUGUGAGGAGACCCUGGAGUCGCUGUGCUCCUAUCUGGAGGAGCUGCUGGAGGUGGCCUCAGCCCAGCCCGGCGUCGACGUUGAGCUCAGUAGUGGUGUGCUGACUGUGAAGCUGGGCGAGGCGGGCACUUACGUCAUCAACAAGCAGUCUCCGAACAAGCAGAUCUGGCUCUCGUCGCCCGUCAGCGGCCCCAAGCGGUACGACUUCGUGGAUGACGGCUGGGUGUACCGUCACGACCAGCAGCGGCUACACGAGCUACUGUCUCUGGAGCUCAGCCGCCUGCUCGGCACCAGUGUCGAUCUCACCUCGUGUGCUCACGCCGGCCGGUAGCCCCGGCCGCGCAGGGGCCGCCCCAGCCGGGCGGCGCGGCGCGCUGCUGUUACUGAAGAGGGGGACCGGGCCGGUGAUUGACAGUUCUGGUAAACGUGAGCGGUGCUAAGUGGGCGGACGAUUUGGAGGCGUCCGCCUGUUAGUUUAUGGGGAGUUGGCUAUUUAAACAGGGUCGUGUUGUUGCACUGCUUGUUUGGCACGGCAGUUAUUUUGCAAGCAGCGAUGGAUGCGUGGCGUUCUACGAACUUCGAAGUGCAAUGAUGCCACUGGCGAGUACAGUGGCGGCUGCUGCUGGUGUACUGAAACCUGUUGUGAUUUUAAUGGAAAUACACCCAUGAGAACAAUU